CUAACGAGGGAUUCGCGCGCUCUUCCCGCCCAUCCAUGGCUCUCGCUCUCUCUCCCUCUCUUCCUCUCUUCCUCUCAUUUCUCUUCCAUUCUCCAAACCCUAAACCAACCAAAUUACAAUUCUACCCUUCCCUUUCUCUCUGUCGUCUGCAAUUCCAUCUUCUCUCUCGGAUUCUUCUCGUUCUCUCUCGAGUGAUGGAAGAUUCUCAAUCGAAUCCUCAAGUUCUUCGCCAUGGAAGAAGAAAAAGAAGAUGAUGAAGAUGAAGAUGAAGAUGAAGUCGAAGGGUGGCGAUUGCUCCUCGUCCCCCAUCUCCCGCCCCUUCCUCCCCUCCUCUCGGCCUAAUCCUACCCGUCCAUCGCCCAAGCCUCGCCUCAGCCGCUACCGCAUCCUCGACCCAGGCAGCGAGAUCGUCGUCCAGUGGAACCGUGUCUUCCUCAUCUCCUGCCUCGUCGCCCUAUUCAUCGAUCCUCUCUACUUCUACGUCCCUUCCUCUGUUCCCGAGUCCGCUUGCAUCCGCACGGACAUUAGCCUCGGGAUCGUUGUCACCUUCUUCAGGACUGUUGCUGAUCUCUUCUCCCUCGCCCAUAUGGUGAUGAAAUUCAGGAUUGCAUUUGUCGCCCCAAGCUCCAGGGUGUUUGGGAGGGGGGAGCUCGUCAUGGAUGAGCGCCAGAUCGCUGCCCGCUACCUCAAGUCGGACUUCAUCAUUGAUCUUGCCGCCACGCUACCGCUGCCACAGCUUGUUAUCUGGUUAGUUAUACCAGCAGUAAGAAGCUCCUCAGCUAAAAACACCAACAGCACUCUUUCUUUGAUUGUGCUCAUCCAGUUUGUUCCUAGAUUGUUUCAAAUAUUUCCUUUGACCGGUCAGAUUGUCAAAACAACUGGUGCUGUUACCAGGACCGCUUGGGCAGGAGCUGCAUACAAUCUGCUUCUCUACAUGAUAGCCAGUCAUGUUUUUGGUGCUUCCUGGUAUCUCUUGUCUGUUGGGCGGCAGCACACAUGCUGGAAAACUGAGUGCAUGAAGGAAGAUGGAAGUAUGCACAUGCCAAUCUGCAAGCCUGCAUUUCUGGUUUGCAGCAGUUUGGAACAGUCCGAACGGAUAUCCUGGCUGAACACCACCCAUGUUGUUAGCAAUUGUGAUGCUACAAAUAUUAAAACCAGUUUUAAGUAUGGAAUGUUUGAAGAGGCUUUGACGAAUAAUGUUGUUUCAUCCAAGUUCAUAAGGAAGUAUCUUUAUUGCCUUUGGUGGGGCUUGAGAAAUUUAAGUGCAUAUGGACAGCAAUUGCAGACGAGCACUUACAUUGGUGAGACAUCGUUUUGCAUUCUUAUAUGCAUUCUGGGUCUAGUUAUCUUCGCACACCUAAUUGGUAACAUGCAGACCUAUUUGCAAUCUAUGACUGUGAGAAUUGAAGAGUGGAGAAUUAGACGAAGAGAUACAGAGGAGUGGAUGAGGCACCGCCAACUACCUCCGGAUUUACAAGAACGCAUCCGCCGGUUCGAUCAAUAUAAAUGGCUUGCCACAAGAGGAGUAGAUGAGGAAUCUAUCUUGCUUUCUUUGCCUUUGGACCUCCGCCGUGACAUUCAACACCAUCUUUGCCUGGCUCUCGUUCGUCGUGUCCCGUUCUUCUCACAAAUGGAUGAUCAGCUCCUGGACGCCAUAUGUGAACGUCUAGUGUCAUCCUUGAGUACCCAAGACACCUACAUUGUCCGUGAGGGCGACCCGGUCACUGAGAUGCUCUUCAUCAUCAGAGGACAGCUAGAAAGUUCCACCACCAAUGGCGGGAGAAGUGGAUUCUUCAAUUCCACCACCCUCAGGCCGGGCGACUUCUGUGGGGAGGAGCUGCUGACAUGGGCAUUGAUGCCCAACUCAACCCUCAACCUGCCUACCUCAACCCGGACUGUCCGUGCCCUCAAAGAAGUUGAGGCGUUCGCACUCCGGGCUGAAGAUCUCAAGUUCGUCGCCAGCCAGUUCAAGCGCCUUCACAGCAAGAAGCUCCAGCAUGCCUUCAGGUACUAUUCACACCAAUGGCGAACUUGGGGUGCUUGCUUUAUGCAGGCUGCCUGGCGGAGGUACAAGAAGCGGCAGCUUGCAAAGGAGCUCAUGAAGCAGGAGAGCUCAUUCUACAUGCCACUUCUGGAUUCCAGCCAAUCGAGUUACUAUGAUGAUGAUGUGCCAUUGGACGAGGAUUCUCACGACUCCACAAUCGAAAACCAAAAUAACUUCCAGCUCGGAGCUACGAUACUGGCUUCCAAGUUUGCCAAGAAUACAAAGAGAGGGAUGAAUCAGAAGAUCAAGGGAAGCGGCCCGUCAUCCACCAGCUUGAAAAUGCCGAAGCUUCUGAAGCCGGUUGAACCAGAUUUUUCCGUAGACGCUGAGGAUGAUGUGUGAGGAAUGUUUCAUGCCCGAUACUGGAAUUCCUGAGGGGCUCUAAGGACAGCUAAGUUAUAGGAUCGUUAUAGCAUUUAUAUUACUGUAUGAUAACCUAUGUACGUACAUUUAUCUCAUUUCAUUUCAUUUUUUUCAUAACAAAAUUGAGCUGUUUGCUUGUUGAUGUUA